ACUACUUGUUUGUGUGCUGUCAUGCUGACGUGACGUCGCAACUCCUUGAAAAGUGAAAGCGAGCAGAAAGUCGUCAUGUGCGCGAGCUGACGGGAACGUGUUGGCCGGUCCCCAGUUUAUGUUUUUCCGCCUCUGUCGGGAUAUAUUUAACGUCAGCGCUUCCCGUCGUUUAACGCAGAAACACCGGUCGAUAAUGGAGGACGGCGCUCAAACACAGCCGCUGUUUAGCUUCGGUGUUAUAGCCGACAUCCAGUACGCUGACAUCGACGACGGAUACAACUACAGCCAGACGAGUAAGCGCUACUACCGGAGCAGCCUCCAACUGCUGGGACGCGCCCGGGAAAGUUGGUCCGAGGCGGCGGUGAAGCCCGACUUCGUCCUCCAGCUGGGGGACAUCGUCGACGGCUUCAACAAGAGACACGGCGCCUCGCAGCGAGCUCUGGACACGGUGCUGAGAGAGUUCGGCUCCAGCCCCGAGCUGGAGGUCCACCAUGUGUGGGGGAACCACGAGUUUUAUAACUUCAGCCGGAGCUCGCUGCUCCUGUCAAAGCUAAACACGCGACCCCUGAGCGGAGACCCGGCCGCCGCCUGCUGCUCCGACAUCUACGCCUACCACUUCAGUCCGGUUCCCGGGUUCAGGUUCGUGGUUCUGGACGCGUAUGAUGUGAGUGUGCUGGGGAGAGAGAAGGACAGUGAGGAGUACAAGAGAGCUAUGAGUCUGAUCCUACAGCACAACGAUAACGAAGACCUCAACUGUCCCCCAGCAUAUGGAAAGCAGAGGUUUACAAUGUUCAACGGAGGCUUCAGUACGAAACAGUUGGACUGGCUUCAAUCUGUCCUGACGUCGGCUGACGACAAACGAGAAAGAGUCACUCUCAUAAGUCACCUCCCCGUCCACCCUUUCUCCGCCGACGCCAUGUGCCUGGCGUGGAACUUCGACGAGCUCCUCGCCGUCAUCCGCUCCCACAGCUGCGUGGUGUGUUUCAUGGCGGGACACGAUCACGAUGGUGGAUACUGCCGCGACGAGGACACGGGGGUGCACCACCUGACCAUGGAGGGCGUGAUCGAGACGCCGCCCAACAGUGACGCCCACGCCAUGGUCUCCGUCUACAAGGACCGGAUGGUGCUGAAGGGGAGUGGCCGGGUCGAGGAUCGAGUGUUUCCCUUUCCACAGUGAUGCUCGAUCAUUUACGACUGUCCGUUGCUACAUUUAGCAUUCCUUUCCUCGGCUUUUAUCGCAUUUUGUGAGGGGGGUGGGGCCUUUUUUUCACCAACACACAGACUAAUAACUUCAUGAGAAGAAAGGACCUCCUCUUUGUGAGGUUUCUGGUUAAAGUUCAAGUGUGAUGAGAUACAAUUUAGCAUCAGACGGUUGUGAAUACUACAAAUUACGCAAAACAUGAAAUCUUUCCUACUGCGUUUUUCCUCUCGUCACCGAAAAAAACGUAGAUUUCUUACACGCACAUUUAAUGAAACUAAUCUUGUUAAAAUUGUGAAUAAAUCUGUCAGAAAUGAUAGCCUUUAGGUCCAGGAUGAAUCAGCAGAUAUGGUGGGGCAGUUUCUGACUAUCGCCUCCUGCUGGCCGGGCAGUUUGUGUUUCUAACUGAGUGGAAUUUUAAAAAAACAAACAUAUUUUUGUUUAUCUGCAGUAGGGAAGACAAAGUACAGGAGACCGACGUCCUUUAGAAAACAUCAUAAAUCCGUGAGAAAUGUCAGAAAAUAGUUACGGAUUGUACUGCUUUAAAUAUAUUUUUUAAGAAAAAAAAAGAUGGUGGCGUUAUAAAAAAACAUACAAAUAUAUAACAUUAUUUCAGCAAAUACAAUAUAAAUACCUCAAAAACAUUUUAUUGCACUUUUUAAAAUUAGAUUUUACUUAGAUUUGUUCCUGUGUCUGUACAGGGUUGCUUUCAGGGGUUUCUGAUCAAAGAUGAAUAUUUAUUUUACUGAGACAUGAUUUUUUUUUUAGUUUUCAUGUUGCAAAAAAAUGACAUGAUGUAGCUAGAAGUUUGAAAUCUGCAUUAUGUUGUUAAAUGUGAUGAAUUACACAAAACAGAAAAUAAAAACAAAAACCAUGUAA